UGGGACACUAUCAAGAGAGCUAACAUUAACAAAGAAUUAUAAAAACAAAAGGAGAGAGAGAGAAAGGAACAAAAAGAUAAAGAACUAAAGAUUCAGCCUCAAGAAAGGAGGAAAUUCUGUCAUAUGCUACAACGUGGACAAACACUGAAAUUAUGCUAAGUGAAAUAAGACAACCAGAGAAAUACUACUCAAUACUCCACUUACAAGAUGUCUCUAAAGAGUUAAACUCAGAAACAGAAAGUAAAAUGGUAGUUGCCAGGGAUUGACUGGAGGGGGAAAUAGGGAGUGCUGUUCAAAGGAUACAGAGGUUCAGUUAUGCAAUAUGAAAAACUCUAGAGAUCUGCUUUACCAUACUGUUCUUACAUUUAACAAUACCAGAUUAUACACUUAAAAUUUUGUUAACAGAAUUAAAGAAGUACAGCCAUGUUAACAAAAAGGCUUUGGAUCAGUUUGUAAAUUUCUCCGAGCAGAAAGAAAAGUUAAUAAAGUGAGAAGAAGAGUUAGAUAGGGGUUACAAAUCGAUCAUGGAGCUGAUGAAUAUACUUGAACUUCGGAAAUACGAAGCUAUUCAGUUAACUUUCAAACAGGUAUCCAAGAACUUCAGUGAAGUAUUCCAGAAGUUAGUACCUGGUGGCAAAGCUACUUUGGUGAUGAAGAAAGGAGAUGUGGAGGGCAGUCAGUCUCAAGAUGAAGGAGAAGGGAGUGGUGAGAGUGAGAGGGGUUCUGGCUCACAAAGCAGUGUCCCAUCAGUUGACCAGUUUACUGGAGUUGGAAUUAGGGUGUCAUUUACAGGAAAACAAGGUGAAAUGAGAGAAAUGCAACAGCUUUCAGGUGGACAGAAAUCCUUGGUAGCCCUUGCUCUGAUUUUUGCCAUUCAGAAAUGUGACCCGGCUCCAUUUUACUUGUUUGAUGAGAUUGACCAGGCUCUGGAUGCUCAGCACAGAAAGGCUGUGUCAGAUAUGAUUAUGGAACUUGCUGUACAUGCUCAGUUUAUUACAACUACUUUUAGGCCUGAACUGCUUGAGUCAGCUGACAAAUUCUAUGGUGUAAAGUUCAGAAAUAAGGUUAGUCAUAUUGAUGUGAUCACAGCGGAGAUGGCCAAAGACUUUGUAGAAGAUGAUACCACACAUGGUUAAUUGGAAAAUACUACCUACUGGUUUGGGAGAUGUGUAUAGUAAUAUGAUUCUCAUACCCAGGAACUGUAAAUAUAAACCUAAAUAUUUGGCCAAUAGUUUUCAGACUUAAAGCAUCAUAGUCCUUUUAUAUUUGUCUUUGUAUUUUAUAAGAUACUCUGUAAUGUCAUGUUUGUACUUACAGUUUUAGAAUUUAAUUUCCUGUACAACUUUUUGUAAAAUGUUCUGCUCCUAUUUUAAAUGUUUUGAAACAUGCUAAAUAUUCUUUCCUAAUUAUUUUAUCACUUAUACUGCCUUUUUUAUAGCUUCAAUUAAAUAAUCGGUUUUAUGACUAAAAAAAAAAAAAAAAAAAAACUUU